GGGUCAGUAUAAAGUGGGACAUAGCCCUCCAUAGUACAGUUCUCUCAGUUAGUACUCUUUGUAAGAGAUAAGGUUAAAACUGUUCUUAAUGAACUAAAGACAUAUCAAAACAGCAAGAUGUUCUGUCCUCUGUUUUUUGUGGUUUUAGUUCUUAUAGUGGAUGCACAGGAACCUACAUGUCUUAUUUUUGCUCCAAAUUUAAUUCACGUGGGAGUUGAAGAGACUGUGAGUGUUCAGCUUCAUCAAGCAACUACAGCAACCAGGAUGCAGCUGUACUUUGAAGAUCAAAUCUCUAAAAAAAUCGUCUCAGAAGAGAAAUUUUUAACCCUUAAUGAGGACAACGACUAUCAGGCUAUUGUUAAACUUAAGGUUGACCCUGGCCUGUAUGUAAGUGCAAAAAUGUCAUCUUAUGUUCAGCUUGCAGCUAAAAGCAAUGUCUUUGGACAUGAUACCAAAAAGGCUAACAUCUUUUUGUCAACAAGAAUGGGGUACAUUUUCAUCCAAACAGACAAGCCGAUCUAUAAUCCAGGAGAAAAAGUCAAAUAUAGAAUCUUCACACUAAACAACUUCAUGCUACCCAUUAGUAAUGCGAUUCAUGUUCAAAUAACUAACUGCAAAGGCUUGAUUGUUUACAGCCAUAUUUUGUUGUCUGAACAAAUCCUGGAAAAAAGUAUCACUAUUCCAGAUGUGGAGCUCGCAGGUCACUGGAAAAUCAGUGCGUCAUUCUCAAUGUACCCUGAGUCUAAAACAAUGUUGGAAUUUGAGAUCAAGGAAUAUGUUUUGCCCUCAUUUGAGGUUAAGAUUGAGGCACCACAACCAUACCAUACUUUGAAGAGUGAGUCCUUUCCAUUCAGUAUCUCUGCCAGAUAUACUUAUGGGAAGGGGGUCAAUGGCAUAGCAAAUAUUCGAUUUGGACUUAUUGAUGGAAAGGGUAAAAGGACAUAUCUUCCAGGAAUUGAAAAGCAGAUGGCAGUUGAGGAAGGAACUGCAAAAACAGCUUUAAGGACUGAGGAGUUACAGAACGCAUCAGAAAGUAACAGCAUAGACCACAUAGAGGGAUAUUAUCUUUACAUUGCUGUCACAGUAUUGGAAAAAGCAAGUGGGAAUCUGGAGGAAGCAGAGAGUUCUUCUGUAAAGAUUGUGACUUCACCUUAUGUAAUUGAUCUGUCGAAGACCAAGCAAUAUUUCACCCCAGGUGGCAUGUUUUCCAUUUUGGCUACCUCUACGUAUCCAGAUGGCAACAGAGUCCCUCACCUGAAAUUUAAAGCUACUGUUACAGUGAAUAUAGAAGGAUCAACAGAUAAAAUUUUGAAUGAAGAAGGCUUUGGGAAUAACAUGGGAGAUGUAGUCAUGUCUUUUCAAGUACCUCUGCUGGCCAGGAAUUUAUUCAUAACGGUAUUUGCUGAAGGGAGUGACCAGAUGGUAAUUCGCAGUGAUGCAAAGAUGACAGUCCAAGCAGUGAAGGAUGAAGGAGGCCAAUAUCUUAGUUUGGAAGUGGAGCAUCAGAUCUUACAGCCUGGUCAAGACCUAAAAGCCACAUUACGGGACAUUACACCACCAAAUGCAGCAAAACCCACUUUCAUUUAUUACAUGAUUCUGAGUAAGGGAAGAAUCCUGCAGAUGAGGAGGGUGCAAAGAACUCAAAACACAACUAUCAGUGUACCUUUCACUGUGGAUCUGGUUCCUUCUUUUCGCCUUGUCGCUUACUACUUUAUAGACGGUCUUCAAAAAAUAGUGGCUGACUCUGUUUGGGUUGAUGUGAAAGAUGUCUGCAAAGGGAAGGUAGAAAUUGUACCAUUUCCUGAUCUAAAACCUGCAAGCCAGUUUGAGGUGAUUGUCAAAACAGAUCCCAACAGCAAGGUGGCUCUUGCCGCAGUGGACUCAGCAGUUUAUAUUCUGAACAAAAACAAACUGAGCCCUCAAAAGAUGUUUGAGUACAUGAACUCCUAUGACCUGGCCUGCUCUAUAGGUGGAGGAGAGGACCCCAGUUCUGUUCUGCAGAGAGCUGGGCUUACUUUCAUUUGUAACUGUGCUCUGGAAACUCCUAUAGUUGGUGCACAUAAGUGUAACACCCCUAGACCUCGCAACAGGAGAGCAACAGACUAUAUUGCACAAUACAAUGCACUGGUCAGCAGCUUCAAGGACAAGGACAGAAAGUGCUGUUUUGAUGGGGUAAGACCAAGCGGAAUGCAGAUGUCCUGUGAUGAACGUUUGAAAAAAGUGCAACAAUCCCAGAGCUGUCGUAAUGCUUUUAAAAAAUGUUGCGAAGCUGCGAAUCUGAGGAGGAAGAGAGAUAGAUUGAAUAGGCGGAAAACCAGCCUUGGAAGAGUCACUGACAACAUUGUGGAGGAAACUGUGAUUAAUGUGGAUGCUAUCUACCUACGUAGUUAUUUCCCACAGUCAUGGAUGUGGACACUCACAGAAUCAGAUAACUCUGGCGAUGUCAGGCAUCGUGCAAUUGCUCCUGAUUCCAUAACUACCUGGUUGGUCCACGCUGUGAGCAUUUCUGCCACCAAAGGAUUCUGCAUUGCAGAGCCAAAGCCCCUAAAGGUCUUCCAGGAUUUUUUUGUUUCUGUCAACCUCCCUUACUCUGUUAAGAGAAAUGAGCAACUCCAGGUUAAAGCCGUGGUGUACAAUUAUAAACCAGAGAGUUUGAAGGUGAUAGUGAUGAUGGAUAAAGCAGAAGGCUUGUGCACUGCUGGUGGGGAUAAGGUGGAGCAAGAGGUCACAGUUCCAGGUAACUCAGCACUGUCCGUAUAUUUCACCGUGGUGCCGCUUGUUAUUGGAAAUAUCCCCAUUACUGUGCUGGCUUACGCCUCAUCUACUGCACAGGACAGAGUGCAAAAGGAACUCCGUGUGGAGGGGGAAGGGGAAAUUGUGUCUAUUGACAAGGAAUUCAACAUUGAUCCAAAAAGAAGGAAAUUAGAGAUUGAUAUUCCAGCCCCGACUGAUGAGGUCCCAGCUGGGCUGGACUCAAGCAUCUCUGUGAGUUUUAAAGGUGGGGUGAUGGGUGAGUCGGUAGAAAACUGUCUAAACCUGGAGGGUGUUGACAGACUCAUUCAGCUGCCCACGGGCUGUGCAGAACAGACUAUGGUGAAGAUGUCUCCUGCUAUUCAUGCCAUUAGGUACCUUGAUGCCACCAACCAAUGGAUUUCACUGAAAGCUGAACGUAGAGAUGAGGCCCAUUCCAUGAUCCAAACUGGUUACAACAAAGUCCUCACAUACAAGAAAGAGGAUGGCUCUUAUGGAGCAUUUCUGAGGACUCCCAGCAGUAUUUGGCUUACUGCAUUUAUCGCCAAGGAGCUGACAGAGUCUCGGAACAUUAUUGAUGUGAGAGACUCUUACAUUCAGGAAGCCAUGUCUUAUCUGAUCUCCAAACAGAAGAGCAAUGGUGCAUGGGAUGAUCCCAAUGCCCUCUAUGACAGACGAAUGAAGGGAGGAGUUGGACUGGCGGAAGAUGAUGUGCCCUUAACUGCCUUUAUCCUUAUAUCAAUGAAUCAUGCUUUGAAUGUGUAUGAGCUGGGAACAGAUACAGAACUGAGAAUGGCAAUGGAAAAAGCAAGGUCAUAUCUAGAGGGGAAGGUGGAUGCCUUGCAGAGUCCCUAUUCGAGUGCCAUCACAGCAUACGCCUUGUCCUUGCAUAAACCUUUAACUGAUGGAGCCCGACGAGCCCAGCAAAAGCUUAAAGGGAAUGCUAAUUGUGACAGCAAAACAUGUUUCUGGAACGCCAAGGUUGGCAGAGGCAAAUCAGAAGAUAAAGCGGAUGCUGCCUCUGUGGAGGCCACAGCAUAUGGUCUUCUGAAUGCAAUGUCUGUUGAUGACAAGCAGAUGGCUAAACUCAUCUCAAACUGGCUAACAGAACAGCGCAAGUACGGUGGUGGUUUCCAGUCCACACAGGACACAGUUGUAGCCCUUGAGGCGCUGGCGAAAUACAGCAUACAGAACAACGAUGUGGAAGACCUGAACCUAAGGGUGGAAAUGUGCCUUGAAGAUGGCAGAAAACAAAAUGUUUUUCUGACCAAACAAAAUGCUCUCACCCAAGCAGCUGUUGUGGUCAGAAAUGUGGGUACAAUUACACUGAAUGUUGAGGGAACAGGACAUGGAACAUUAUCAAUUGUGCAGACAUACAGAUCUAUGGAGAAGGAUGAAUCACACUGUGAUCUUUUUCAUCUUAGUGUUACAGUGAAAGGACAACUGGAAUACAGACUUCAGAAUAAUGAAGAAAGCUUUGAUGAUUAUUACAAUUAUGAGACUGAUGAGGACCUGCAUAGAAGAGAUGAGCCCAUGAGCAGCAUGGAAUGGUUUGAUCUUCGCAGUCGCAGAAGAAGACAAGCCUCGGAAGAGCCAAAGAAAGAGAGUUCACUCAUAUACACAGUGUGUGUGGGGUUGAAAAAGAACAGCUCUGUUGGCAUGGUUGUGGUGGAUAUCUCACUCCUAAGUGGACUGAUUCCAAACACAAAGGAUUUGGAACAUAAUGCGAAGGGCACAGAGAAGUACAUUGAUCAUUAUGAUGUCCACCAUAAUAAAGUCUUUCUUUAUUUUGCAAAGAUCACAGAAAAAGAGGAGUGUCUUCAGUUUGGUGCUGACCAGAUUGUUCCCAUGGGCCUCGUCCAACCAGCUGCUGCUGUCAUCUAUGACUAUUACAGUCCAGAGAGAAGAUGUGGCAUAUUCUAUACAGCCCCUCAGAAAAGCCCAAUGAUUUCCAAAUUAUGCAAUGGGGAUGUGUGUACAUGUGCAGAAGGUGGCUGUCCAAAGUUGAGAGUCACCUUCAGCAAGAAUAUGAAAGAAAACACCCGCAGUCUUUUUGCAUGCUUCUCUCCUGUUGUUGAUUAUGUUUAUGUGAUGAGAAUUGUUAACUUGAGCACCGAUGGCGUCUUUAAGUACUACACCACAUUAAUCACUGAAGUUCUUCAGGCUGGGAAGGACUUCGGGAUCCGGAAAGAUGCCACACGCCAGAUGAUACUGCACUUGGCUUGUGAUGAAUUUGAGCUGCGAAAUGAAGCGAGUUAUCUGUUCAUGGGGCAGGAUGAUGCUAUCUCUGUUCUGAAUAACCCUGGACAACAGUUCAGGUAUUUGUUGAACAACGACAUGUGGAUUGAGGAGAUACCAGAUGAGAGAAAAUGCAGGGCAACCUUAAGUCGCUCUGCGUGCAAUCUUCUUCAUGAAUUCAUCCAACAAUACCCAUUAAGACGCUGCAAUAUUUAGAAAAAACACUUAUGAAAAUGAAAAAAUAGCCAGGUAAAACAUCAGUAUUUGGCUUGGUAAAUCAUGGGCUUUUAUUUCUAGUGCAUACGGAUAUAUAUAAAGAGACUGUUACAGUUGGAUACUUUGAACACAAGAGUCUGAAGCAUUUUAAUUCUGAUUUUAAUAUGGAAGGCUUUGAAUACUGGCAAUACAGUAGAAUCACUUUAUCCUUCAUUCUUUUAUAUAGAGGAAAGUCAAAUGGGAAGAACUUCAUUACAAUAAUCCCAAAUAUUAUGUCUCUUUGACAUGCCUUAACCUUCAGCUUUUCAAUAUCACUGGUCGCCCACAACUGGAUAUUCACUGUGAGUGUAAUUUUAGAGAUGCUACAGUACAUGUCUGAGAAAUAUUUGGGAGAGCAUUAUUGCAAUUCAAAUACUAAGUUUAAAAUGCUUAACAUAUCCUUUUGUGGUUACACUGUACAGUUUUAUUAUAGAAUACUGUAUUUAGUGGCUUUAACAAGUGCACACUUGUCAACUCCAAAUAAACAAAGUACAAAUGUU